GACAGAUUUCACACACUCACACACACACUCACACACAGAGAUAGAUAGCCAGAUGGACCUGAGCAUAGCACCAAGUGUUAUAGUAUGAGUGCUGUGUAUUAGUUUAACAGGUUCAGGAUGAGGUGUUUCCUGCAAUCCCUUUGGAGGGCCAGUGUGCUGUUCUGUCUGGGUCUACUUGUGAUUCACUGUGGAGAGGCCAGAGUGCUGACUGAAGUGCCGCCUGGCCCUCUGUAUCGUGUGGUAGACUCCGAACUGUCCAUCUCCUGCAAUGUGAGUGGCUUCCGCAACAACAAUACUAAGAAAGAAUUUGAAUUCCGUAUGUACAGGCCCGCCAAUCCCAAUUCUGAGAUCAACAUCAUCAGCAGCAGAGAGAAAGACUUCAGCUAUGCCAUCUUUGACCAGCGCGUGAGAAAUAAGGAAGUCACUCUGGAGUAUGUGUCGCCAAACUCAGUCUUCUUUAAGAUAAAACAUCUACAGAAGGGUGACGAGGGGGAAUAUGAGUGCUUUGCAAUUAAUAUAGAAAGUGGUUAUGAUGGAAUCUACGCUGCAAAGAUCACAGUUAAAGUGAUCGACAACUCCUUAAUCGUUUCAUCACCCAUGCCUCCCUCUGUGAGCCAUAAUGAAGGCGACACCCUGACUCUUACAUGCCAAGCCUCCAGCAACACUGUUCAGCACACCCAUCUGUCUGUUACCUGGUACCUCCAUAAAGAUGGGGAGGACCUGGCGCACCCCAUCAUCUCUCUGGAUAGGGAUUUCACGCUGAGUCCAGGGCAGGGGUUUGAGGGGCGCUACCAGUCUGGACUUAUUCAAUUAGACAAGGUGGGCGAGGCCACGUACAGGCUAACGAUGGCUCAGCUGGAGCCAUCAGACCAGGGCAAGAUCCACUGCCAGGCUGAGGAAUGGAUCCAAGAUCCUGACCGCUCCUGGUACUCCAUCGCACAAAAGGAUGCGGAGGCAACCACGCUGACUGUCAAAGCCAAAGAAGUGGUGUCAGACAAGAGCUCUCUGGUGGUAACCAUAUCAGCACAGCAGACGGGGCUGCAGGAGGGGCAGGAGUUGUCUUUGUCCUGCAGUGUGGACGCUCAGGACAUCGCAGAACGGUUCUUCUCUGUAGCCUGGCUCCGGGAAGGUGUGGAGCUGGCACGCAUCGGCCCCACAGGGGUUCUGUCUGUGGGGCCACUGUACAGUGGCCGAGAAAAAAAAGGUGAGCUGAGGGCAAGCCGGAUCAGAAACCAAGAUCACCAGCUCAUUUUGCAGCCUGUCGGGACCAGUGACCAGGGAGAAUACAUGUGCAGAGCAUGGCCUGAGGACAGAGAUGCAGAUGGGAGGUUCACACAGGGAGCAGCCAAGGACUCCAAUUCUCUUUCAGUCACUAUCUCAGCCGCAGAAAGUGGGCUCUCAGUUGAAAUGGAGAAGAAGAACGUGAGAGUUAAUGAAGGUGACAGGCUGCAGCUCACCUGUAAGGUGCGUGGGGUCAAGAGUCAGCUCUCCGUCACGUGGCAACACAAAUCCACACCAGCGGGCAUCAGCAAUGUCAUCGCUCUCACUCAGGAGGGGGUUAUGGUUGUUGGACCAAAUUUUGCAGAGCGCAAAGUUGUUGCAAUGCGUCCAGCAACUGACACCUUCACCCUGGAGCUGAAUGAGCUCACACCGUCUGACUCUGGUUCCUACCAGUGCACGGUGACUGAGGGGACCACAAGCAACAGCCAAUCAGAUUCUGGCAACGUGUCAGUCACUGCUGUUGAGUCCCUUUUAAAGGUGCGUCUAACAAAUCGCAACCCUGUAGUGACUGUGGGAGAUGAGGUGGAGCUGGUGUGUCGGCUCAACGGGCCACGCCUGCCAGUGACGCUGAGGUGGAGUGUUAAGCGUGGUGACUCGUCUCCAGAUACCAUCUUGACACUGGCUCCUAAUGGUGACAUCGACUGGUCAGGGGACCAGAGCCGCUACCAGCUGAAGUCGGAGAACUUUGGAGAUGAAGUCCAACAGACUCUGCUCAUCACUGGUGCAAGCCACAGGGAGGCAGCACUCUACCGGUGUGAGGUGUCUGUCUUCUUAGAGAACAGACACAAGAGGAUUCCUCCAUCCAACCUGCUGGCCCUGAUGGUGAAAAAUCCAGUGAGCAAACUUGCUCUGGCCUCCACCCCGACUGUGAAAGGAGACAUUAACACCGACAUAGAAAUAACAUGCUCAGUUACCAAGCCAACCUCUACCACCUCUCGCUUUGCUGUCACCUGGUUGGUCCAACAACAGGCCAAGACCAUGACCAUUUUAACAUCUGACCGUGAUGGUGUGGUAACAUUUGGACCCCAGGUAGAGUCAAGCCAAGGCCAGCGAAUCAGCAUGAUGCGCAGUGAGGGCCCUAGCUUUGACUUGACUAUCCGGCAGGCUCGGAUCGGGGAUAGCGGGUUGUAUUUUUGCAGGGUGGUGGAGUGGCUACAGGAUCCUCGAGGUCAAUGGUAUGAGCUUCCGCCAGUCAACAAAACCACAGAACUUAACCUCACUGAGCCACUCAAUGACUUGAGUAUGGAUAAGACAGAGCAAGAGGUGACAGCCAAGGAGGGAGCUGAGGUGGACCUCAUGUGUUCCCUUACCUCAGGUGCAUUCAGCCCUUCUUUUCUCUACACGCUCACUUGGCUCUACACAGCAUCUGAUCGCUCUGUCAUGAAGGUCCCCCUGGUGAAGCUUGAUCACACCGGUCUACUGAAAUACCCAACAAACAAGCAACUUUUGGGCCUGCAGAGGAGGAUUCGUCUCUCCAGGCCCACUCCCAGCAGUUUCCAUUUAGGAAUUCAACCGGCCCAUGAGGGGGACAGUGGAACCUACCAGUGUCAAGUGGAACAGUACCAGCUGGAUCCCCAGGGUCACUGGCAGCAGAAGGCCUCAGACGAUUCUGGGCCAAUCACCCUCAGUGUAAAUACUACAGUGAGUCACCUGUCUGUUGAAAAAGAAGAUAUGAACCUGAACGUGACUGGAUCCCAGGACUUCUCCAUCCCCUGUCACAUCACUGCACAACCAAGCCAGUCAUCCGCCAUCCAGGUCACAUGGUUUUGGCAGAAGGAGACAGACACUGAACAACUACCCAUCUUCACGGUCUACAGAAACUCCACCCUGGAAGACAGGAGUGGGAGAGGAAACCGGCUCAGAUUUGACCACCCCGUCCCCAACCACUUCAACCUCACAGUCCUCAAGUCAAUUCCUGGAGAUAGUGGCCUGUAUUUCUGUGAGGCGGAGGAGUGGCUCUUAUCUCUGUCCCAGGGCUGGAGGAAGGUGGCAGUGGACAAGUCAGGGAAUUUGUCUGUCAGUGUCCAUACAGAAGCAGGGGAUCAUGACGCAGUCUCCUCUCCAGGAUGUUCCUCGAGCAUCGCACUAGGUGUUCCUAUAGCUGUUAUCGUCUGUUUAGUGAUAGCUGUCAUCUUUCUGGGGCUGAAGAUAUGCAGGGGCCAGACUUCAGGAGCAAAGAAGCCAAACGACUCUCUGUGGGCAGAGAAGCAUCCCCUGGAGCCCAAACCCAGUCCAGAGUAGGAGAAGAGGAGAGGAG